AUGGCAGGCAGGGCUGCUGCUAUAGCAUCAGGCCAAUGUCUUGAUGGAAUUUUAGAAUGGUGUUACAAUGCUGCAGGAUUCAAUAAUCUGGGUUUAAUGCAAGAUGAUAUAAUAUAUGAGGAUGAAAAUCUAAAAGGAGACAUAAGAAGGCUCCUUAAGAAGCUUUAUCAUAUCAGGAUGUUUCACAUUAACAGAGCACUGGACCUGACUGUGAGGACUCUGAUCUUGUUUAAAGAACAGUGGACAAAAUAUGAGGAGCAUCAAUUCUACCCGGAACUGUAUCUCAAAGAGGUUAUUUGGGAAAGAAAAGAAAUAGAAGAAUAG